CAGUCGGACAAAUCAAAACAAAUACGUGUCCUUCAAUUUCAAAACAGUACCGGCGCCCCAAUAAUGCGCCCCUCUUUAACCCUUAUAGGAUCGGUAAUCUUCUUUUUGUUCAUCGGUCAAUCGUUGUGGAGCAUCUAUUCGAUAUGGCAAUCGCCCAAGUGCAAUCCUUCAAUUCACCAUAAAUGUUUUCAUUCGAUUUUGAACGAUAACCCCAAGUUGGAUCUGGCAGUCUACCUGAGUGAUGGCUCUGUUCCCCGCUUUUUAGUGCUCAAUAUCAAAGAGUUCGACUACAGGAAUGCAUGGGACAGGUCUGUGAAUUUUACUGUGCCGAAAUCAGUGCGUCGCAAUGGGUCGCUCUAUAUAGACACCCUGAUUAGUGCCACCGGCCGCUCAAGUGACCAGGAUCUGAAAGUCGUAGUUUCAGGACUGUUAUCACAGCAUGCGGUACCUCAAAGCUCCACAUUCAAUUUGUUAAAAGAGGAGGAAGCUGGGAAAGCCUCAAAACCGGUGCCACAUUUAAAAUCCAGAUACGCAGUGUACAUGUGUACCGAGGAGCUUCAUUUGCCUCACAACGAAAUUCCCCAUGAAAUCGAUGCAACUCGCUUAUUGCGGUUGAAACCAAAUGGACAAUUCCUGCCCAUCGCAAGGGAGGAUUCAUUAAGCCAGCGGAUAAAAGAUUUAACGGAAAUCACCAAAUCCAGUACUUCGAUGUCUUUCCAGUAUAUUUAUUCGCCGGUUUCCCUUGGAAAGAUUCGCUUCAAUUUACAGAUGGAAGGCACCCUAAGAGCAUUUGUUGGCCUGGGAUUUACUGAGAAAGACAUUGAUGAGGUCAAGAGCGUGUUUAGUGAUACGAAUUUGUAUUUACUCUGCGCCACACUGGCUAUUGGAAGCAUUCAUUCAUUGCUGGAUUUCCUAUCUUUUAAAAACGACGUCAGCUUCUGGAGGUCGCAGAGCUCCAUGGCCGGCCUUUCCACUAGGACCGUGCUAUGGCGAGCCUUUUCACAUACAAUCGUGUUUUUGUUCUUGUUGGACGAGGGUACAUCUCUUCUAGUGUUGGUGCCUGCUGGCAUUGCCACUAUAAUUGAGAUGUGGAAAGUCUCUAAAGCAUGGAAAACCAAAAUAAGCAUUUCCCUAAAAGGAAUAACAUUCAAUCGCGAUAAAACCGAAUCUGCUGCUGAGGCGGAAACCAGAGAAUACGACGAAGAAUGCAUGAAAUUUCUCAGUUACUUGCUGACCCCUCUUUGCUUGGCAGCUGCGAUUUAUUCCCUCUUGUAUCUGCCGCACAAAAGCUGGUACUCGUGGACAAUAAACAGCUUAGCCAAUGGCGUGUACGCGUUCGGAUUUCUGUUCAUGUUUCCGCAGCUGUUCAUCAAUUACAGACUAAAGUCUGUAGCAGCCCUUCCUUGGCGGGUGUUCACGUAUCGGGCAUUCAACACUUUUAUAGACGAUAUUUUUGCCUUUAUCAUAACGAUGCCCACCGCCCAUCGGGUGGCUUGCCUAAGGGACGAUGUGGUGUUUUUGGUUUAUCUAUACCAAAGAUGGUUGUAUCCAGUCGAUGCGUCUAGGCAAGAGGGCAUUGGUGGGGAAAUUACGGCCGAUUCCAAGUCGGAAGCCAUCAGAGACAAAGAUACUAAGAAAGACAAAUAAUGAAAAAAGUUGUGAAUGUUUCAAGUUCAUGGCCCAAUCAUUCCAACUAUUAUUAAUUGUGUUUAGUAAGUAUGAGUAAUUUAUUUUUAACGCCUCAAAACAACAUCAGCAACAAUUA